ACUUCAUGUUAUCGUUAAAUGUCAUGCAGUAAGAAUAGCCUAAAAGUCAUAAUCAGUGCUCUACUCAGAUAAUAUAAUCUAAAGUGUUGGAUUUUCUCAGCGUCGAGUUCUGUUUUGUUGGAGAGUUCUGGGGGUGUGAGAGGGCUUGGCAUAUUGCUGUUGGCCGAGAUAAGCAGAACGAACGAUUAAUGCGGCUGAGCUGCACAAUUAUCUCUUUUUAAUUCAUGCGUCGUACGAAGUGUAUUAAAUAUAAUGUGUGCAGGUGAGCGGCUUACAGAAACAUGUCAACUCAUAAACUCCUAAAUACAACGGAAAGAAGUGUCUUCAAUGCGCCGAAACACUUGCGGAACCGCUGUCGCCCUUUGUAAUUGCAGGCAUUAUCUAUGGCGUAACUGUCAGGUAUCCUGUUCUGAAGGAUCCCUGUAUGCGGAGCGACAUGGUUGGAAAAGAUGACGUAAGAAGGAUUAUCAAGCCUCUACUCAAGGAUGCGCAGAACGCAAUUCGUACCAAAGUAAGUACAGCGCUGGUGAGAUAUAGAGAAGAGGGUAGAUCCUUGGGUGCGUUGAACAUGUCCGAGGUUGACCUAAGAAGUCUCAUGCUGUAAAAUGCGCUUAUGUGGAUACAGGCUGGACAUGUCUCCCUCACAAUUUUCUACGUUGCGACUCGAUCACGGGCGUUGAUAGGACUCGGCCCGUUGCGAGUCCGAACAGAGUGGCGAGGUGUGUUCAUGGCAUGCGGGGACUGCACCGUUGACGCCGAGUUACUUGAGGGUGUUUAGGCAACAUAUGCUGGAUAGGUCUACAGAACGCAGCGAAAGUGAGCUUGCGCAGAGC